AUGGCUGACGCGGAAGCUGCCGCUAUACCCAGAAUCUCAAUUUUGGUUCCGACCUACAUUCUGAAUCAGCCCGUCCUAGUGCAGCACCGCGCCAACGAUUGGAUUCCGGGUGUCGUGACCAAACACUUUUACGACGCUCGCUUCGCGUGCCUUGCCACCGAAGUCGAAUUUCACAAGGCGGACGGCACGCGUGUGCGUGCCGGGUUCCUUGACCAUGACGUCCGUCCGCGCGAGUAG